CAGCUUUUACCAAACAAAUGGAUUGAGACAAUUCCCAGUAACAGUGGCGGACUGAGUCAGGAGGAGAGGAGCUAGGGGGAGAGCAGGGCUGUCUCCUUUCAUUUGAAGAAGAGAUCCAUGGGUGCUUAACGAGGAGGAGACGAGGAAGGAGAACUAAGCGGAGCCUCCAGUGCUGAAGAUGCUCUAGAACAGAGAAAGAAGGUAGACACAAAGUCAGAAGAUGGAAGAAGCUGAGCAGGACGUCAGCCAGAUGACCAGCCAGCAGGCUCUCUGUGACCCCGCUGAGCAGAAGAGCAGAAAGCGCCUCUCCACACUCAAACUGUUCAUCGUGGCGCUUUCCUUCGCCUACUUCUCGAAGGCCCUGACAGGGACCUACAUGAAGAGCUCCAUCACUCAGAUUGAGAGACGCUUCGACCUCUCCAGCACACACGUCGGCCUCAUCGAUGGCAGCUUUGAGAUGGGCAACUUGCUGUUUCUCGCCAUGGUCAGCCAUUUUGGGGCUCAGCUCCAUCGGCCCAGAUUCAUCGCUGCCGGCUGCUUGCUCAUGGCUGUCGGGACCCUUCUCACCGGCCUGACACAUUUCUUCAUGGGACUCUAUAAGUAUGACACAGUCAUUCAGGCUUUCCAGAACAAUAGUGUGAGUAUUCCAGCAUGUGUGGAUCCUCUGAAAACUGUCGGCAUGCCAGAAAUUCUGAUUGAGCCUUCUGUGGAAGACAACAAAGCCUGUGUGAGCGAGUCCGGCUCCAACAUGUGGAUCUACGUGUUCCUUGGGAACGCGUUGCGGGGGAUCGGAGAAACUCCCGUCACACCUCUGGGCAUCUCGUACAUCGACGACUUUGCCAAAGCGGAAAACUCUCCUUUCUACAUUGCCUGUCUUCAGACUAUCACUCUCCUGGGCCCCAUGUUUGGAUUCCUGUUGGGUUCCUAUUGUGCAAAACUUUAUGUUGAUGUUGGAUAUGUUGACAUGGAAAGCGUGACCAUCACUCCGAAAGAUUCCCGCUGGGUGGGAGCCUGGUGGAUGGGCUUCAUGGUAUCCUCUUCCCUGCUGCUCCUCUCCAGUAUUCCUUUCUGGUUCCUGCCACGCUCUCUGCCCAAACAAGGGAGUGAAAAGGAAAAAUCAUCCCCCUCCUCCCCAGCCCUGGAUGGGGCAGCGAGUGCCCUGAGCAGCAACCAAAACCUGAAGCUGACUGAAAUCGCAAAAGGUUGCAGCAGAAAUAUCAGUCAUCAGGAAAUGUACACGUGGCUUUUUAGUAAUUUCUGUUCUUUCCUGUAUGUUCUCACAAAAGGGUUCCUUCCAUCACUGAAACGUCUCUUGGGGACCCCUGCUUACUUUCUGCUGCUUUGUGGGAGCAUUCUGAAGUUUAACUCAUUCAUAGGCCUGUUUACUUUCAAAGCCAAAUACAUGGAGCAGCAGUUCGGACAAUCAGCAUCCAGAGCCAACUUCCUCAUCGGGGUGCUGAACCUACCCGCAGUAGCCGUAGGGAUCUUUCUGGGGGGGCUCCUGAUGAGGAGGUACAAGCUGAGUGUGGUGUCAGGAGCCCAGCUCUCCUUUGCCACCUCUUUCAUGGGGUACCUCCUCUUACUACUGCAGUUUGGCACCAAAUGCGACAACAGGCCAGUGGCUGGACUCACUGUGUCGUACAAUGGGACUCGGAGUGUAUCAUACAAUGGGGAGAUGCUCUUUUCCGACUGUAACAGAGACUGCUCCUGCUCGCCGGAUGAGUGGGACCCCGUCUGUUCGGAAAGCGGCAUCACUUACGUUUCGCCUUGCAUGGCAGGCUGCAACAGCUCAAGUGGACACGGCAAGAACACAGUUUUUCACAACUGUAGCUGUUUGUCCACCUCCUAUCCGCUUGGCAGCUCUAUGUCUGUGAGGCUGGGGCAGUGCCCUCAUGCUAAAGACUGCAGCCGCAGUUUUACCUCCUACAUGGCUGUUUCUGUUCUCAGCUCCUUCAUCAACUCUCUGGGAGCCACACCUGGCUACAUGGUCAUCAUACGUUGCAUUACACCAGAUCUCAAAUCCCUUGCAUUGGGUAUCCAGGCUUUGGUAACCAGGACUCUUGGUGGAAUUCCAGCCCCAGUGUAUUUUGGAGCUCUGAUCGACUCGACCUGCUUGAAGUGGUCUAUCAAGAAAUGUGGGGGCAGUGGGGCGUGCCGCAUUUACGACUCAAAUAUGUACAGAAUCAUUUUCCUUGGUCUGAUUACCUGCCUCAGUGGUACCUCCUAUUUCUUCAUCAUUGCUGUCAUCAUCCUCCUAAAGCGACAGUUUUGGAAUCGUGACCAGGAGACGGAGCUGCAACUAGCCAAGGCAUCAAAAGGAAGUGAAAUCAUGGCUCAGGUGGACCCUCGAGACGAAAAGGAUGCUAGGUCCAGAAGUCCCAAGCUGUCUUCUGAUGCAAAGGAAUGCAUUGGAGUUGGGAAAGACUUGGAGGGAUGAGGGGAAAUAAUCUGAUCAGAUCAGCACUUUGCAAGUACUAGUCUAUUUUUCAGGUUCACAGGAGACCCCAGGUGAGUUCACUCGUUUUUCUUUCACAUAGAUGGUAUUCAAGGAAAAGGAUAGUGCAUCUGGUGGAAAAAGGGGGUUUGGGACCACCUAAUAGAAAACAGAGUUGGAGAACGUUAUUGAAGAAAGAUAAUUGGCCCAUAAAAGAUAAUUAUUUUCCUAAGGUGUGCAAUAAAGCAGGAAGCAAUUGACAUUACACAUUUCUUGUAAAGUCAAGAGACGUUUGUUUUGGAAUUUACACGGGCUUAGUCUGUUUACGGCCUUUAUUAGUUAACAUGUAAUACAGUUCUAUUCUACUGCUCUUUCCUGAGGACUUUGAUUGUGCAGGACAGACAGGUGGACCGGCAAUUCAAUAUACUGACCUGUUUGUGAGUACGAUAGAUGUAUCUCUGCAAUGUCACCAACUAAAACGAUUGUUUAGUCAAGCUCUUGAUCAAAAUGCCAUGGCAAUAAAUGAAUACUUUAA